AUGUCGGUGAAUUAUAUAGCCAACGUCCCAAAGUUGAAGGGUCGUGAAAACUAUGACGACUGGUGUUUUGCGGUGCAAAAUGUUUUAGUGCUAGAAAACAUGGCGGAUAAAAUCAAGACACAGCUAUCAGCAUCGGCGUCUGCGAGUGAUAUUGAAAGUGAUGCUAAGGCCAAGGCAAAAUUGAUAUUAACAUACAUAUUACAUCUUUAUAUGUUCAUAUCAAGCAGGCAGCUACGGCAUAUGAUUUAUGGUCUACGCUUAAACAUAUGUAUGAUGAUUCCGGCUACAUGA